GAAGAGAGACAUUGAUUGGAUGGAGUUGUUACCAACCAAAGAGAAGAGAAUCUUGGAAGUGAUGAGUGCAGUAAGAAGCAGCGGCUACAACGAAACAAGGCGUGCAAAAUAAGAAACUCACCUUCCCUUCUUCUUCUUCUUCUUCUUCUUCUUCUUUUUUCCCUUUCCUUCAAUCUCUCUUCUCUCUCUCUCUCUCUCAACUUGUCCCUUCGCUUCACCAUUCCACCACUUUAUUAUAUUUUCUUUCUGUUCCAUUCAUCACUUCCAAAUCUAAUAUAAAUAUAUAUUUAUAUUUUUCACCCCCAACCCAAAACUACCUCGUCAACUUCAUCAAUUAAUUCACCCAAGUGCCCGAACUUUUUCUCUCUUUAUAUAUGUAAUCUUUAGUCUUUUCUUUUCUUUUGCUAUUUCCAGGUGAAGCUUUUUCUUUUCCUUGAAGGGACAAAUGACUGGAAUGGCAAAGGAAGAAGGGUCAGCUAGUCCUAGCUGGGGUGCUACAUUUUUUAUGCAGACAACAGAGGAUGUGGCUAGAGCUGUUGCUGCGGCUGUUAACUCUCCAAUGUCGUCAAAAGAUGAUAAUAGCAGUAGCCAGCUUCAAAGGCUGCAGUAUCAACUUACAAAAAUGUUAAAAGGCUUUUCGCGGACUCCUGAUGUUGAAAACACCAAUUACAAUCCUGAGAUUCUGACUAGUCUGAAGCGUCAAUGGGCUGCAAACUUUCAGUUGCAGCAUAUGGACCAUAGGUUUUGGAAGGAGCCCUCACGACUGUUUGAGAGCAUGGUGGUAGUCGGACUUCAUCCUAAUUGUGAUGUUCAGGCACUGCAAAGGCAAUAUGUUAAUCGAAAGUCUGAAGGCUCUGGUAGAUUGAGAAGUGCACUUGGUUAUCAGAAUCAAUCUCGUGUUGAACCCAACAUUGAACCGCAGGUCUUAUUUGUUUACCCUCCAGAAAAACAUCUGCCUCUUAAAUGCAAGGAUCUUCUUUCUUUCUGCUUCCCUGGAGGCUUAGAGGUCCGUGCUGUUGAGAGAACCCCUUCCAUGAGUGAGUUGAACGAAAUUCUUUUUGGGCAGGAACACCUUAAACAAAGAGAUCUGUCAUUUGUAUUCAGGUUACAGGGUGCUGACAACUCAACACUUUAUGGAUGUUGUGUCUUAGUUGAAGAACUAGUGCAAAAGCCCUCUGGAUUGCUCUCUCUGUUUUCUGAUAAGCAGCCAUCUAGCUCUUACUCUUCUUUUAGACGACAUAUAUUAACUACUCAGAGAUGUUACUGCAUUCUUUCAAGGCUUCCAGCUUUUGAAUUGCACUUUGGUGUGUUAAAUAGCAUCUUCACUCAAGAAAGGCUAGAGCGGUUGACAAGAAGUGUUGGGGAUUUAGAUUUAGAAUUUGUCGAAGGUAACUAUGAGGGAGAAAACUCAGAGGGAUAUUCAGACUCAGAAAGUGUUGUGGUGAACAAUGAACCAACAGAAGACAGACUUGAUGCAAAUCCAAUAAUAUCUCAAUCAAGAGUGAGGGAGUCUACACCUGAAAACAGUCUGGAUGAUGGUCAACCAGAGCACAUAAUGGUUGAUGGGGAGCUGCACAAAUUUAAGGAGAGAAUAAAUUAUGACAGUAGUUUUCUUACUGGUCCUGUAACUGAUAAGACAACGGCCAAAGUAGAAUCUGUCCCUACAAAUUCUGAAGAAGGCUAUCAGUGUGGGGAUACUUUUGCAACUAACAAACAAUCAGAAGACAGACAGUUACCUAAUGCUAUUUUGCCCCUACUGCGCUUUUGCCAAUAUGAAAGUUCUGACUCUUCCUGCAGUAUUCAAGGCUCGCCUUGUGAAGACAGAAAUUUUAGGAGUGAUGUUGAUGAAAAUGAGACAGAAGAUGCAUCUUUCUCUGGCCAGGAGGAUUUGAAUGACUUCAAUGAUAUUCUUGAAUGGGCUAAGGAAAAUAACCAUGGACCACUACAAAUUAUAAGCAAGUAUUACCGUUUAAGUUGCCCUGCCAGGGGCUCGUCUCUUACAUUUCAUCCUUUGGAGCACUUGUAUCCCUUGGAAUAUCACAGACCAGCUGAGACAGUUCUACGUCUUGCUGGUUCAACAGUUGAUUUGAAAACUUCCAGUACUGGUCUGGAAUUAACUGAUGCAUAUAAUGCUCUUCUGGUGGAAGAGGCAACUGCGUUAUCUGUAUGGGCUGUGGCUUGCUUAUGUGGUACAUUGAGACUUGAAAAUGUGUUAACAUUCUUUGCAGGCAUUCUACUAGAGAAACAGAUAGUUGUUGUCUGUUCUAAUUUGGGAAUCCUAUCUGCUUCAGUUUUAUCAGUUAUUCCGCUAAUCCAGCCUUAUAGAUGGCAAAGCCUGCUAAUGCCAGUUUUACCAAAUGACAUGCUCGAGUUUUUGGAUGCACCUGUCCCAUAUGUAGUUGGUAUCAAGAACAAGACCAGUGAAGUUCAGUCAAAGUUUAGCAAUGUUAUUCUGGUUGAUGCCAAUAAAAAUCAGGUGAAGUCACCAACAAUACCUCAACUGCCAAGACAGAAAGAACUACUCUCUUCUUUACGUCCUUAUCAUGCAACCCUUGUAGGAGAAAGUUACUUGGGUAGGAGAAGGCCUGUGUUUGAAUGCACAGAAGUGCAGAUUGAAGCUGCGAAAGGGUUUCUUUCAGUGUUAAGAUCUUACUUGGAUUCUCUUUGCUGUAACAUACGUUCUCACACAAUUACCAAUGUACAAUCCAAUGAUGAUAAGGUAUCCUUGCUUUUGAAGGAGAGUUUCAUUGACUCAUUCCCUUACCGUGAUCGGCCUUUUAUGAAGCUUUUCGUGGAUACGCAGCUUUUUUCUGUACAUACAGACCUUGUGCUCUCUUUCUUACAAAAGGAAUAGGGUGCCAUGCAAAACAUUACGAGAAUAUUAUUUGUUUUGUUUCAGCUUGAAGGCAAGUUCACUGUUGUAUAAUUUUCCUUCAUUGAGUUUAAAUUUUGCUCCCUUCGACAUGUUUUACCCAAACAUCCCCUCCCACGAUCCGGGCCCCUUUUUUCUUUAGGCUCACUGCAGUACCUGUAAAUAUUAAUUUAAAUUUUAUAUUCAGGCCUAAAAGUGUUAUAGGGUUUCAUUCUAUGUAAUGCCUCUUUUCUUGCAACAAGUCUAUAUAUGAUAUUCAAAAUGUAAAUAUUCCAACCCAUGUUUUAUGCUAUUAGGACUGUAUGGUCUAGAUUUGAGGCUUUAGUUUAUUUAUAUGAGAUAUUUGAUUUUGUGAGUUCAUUCCAGAUAAACACUGUAUUGGAGAAAAAACUUUGCAGAUUUGACAAUAUAUUUACUACUUCGC